UAGAAUGUGAUCGGGACCGAGCCUACAGGGGUCUAUGACUCUGAAGACGUGGAAAACGUGUAAUAAUGAAAAAAUGUUAACUGAAUAAAAUCGUGAAAGUGAAACAAGUUCUUUCCAUCACAAGUCACUGAUGCAUAUUUAUUAUUAUUACAAAGUUGUCACAAACACUGAAACUUAAACACAAGUAAAUUUAUUAACUUAAUGGUUAUAUCCAACUACCGGCAACCCUGUAGUAGGAUAGCAGGCGACAAUUGGUUUUCGAGGGAAACUUUGAGGUUGCGCAAUGUACGAUUCGAGGUAGAUAUGUCGGAUCAGUUAUCCCAAAGGGUUUGAGAACGACCCAACAACUUAGUGUACCAGUACUUCUAGAAAAUAAUAUAUUGGUAACAACCGUAAUGGCACAGGAUUCUGAAGAUCAGAUUUUCCAGGGCGUGAUUAACGAAAUUCCUUUUAUAUCGGUUGAUUAUUUUCUAGACGUACAAUCAUCUCUUGCUUUAUUCCUUUCUCAUUGUCAUGCUGAUCACAUGAAAGGAUUAGAUUCACAUGAUUUGUAUCAAACUCUGCAAACCAAACCUGGUUUCUUCAUCUAUUGCAGUGAAAAAACUAAACAAAUUCUUACUGAUUGGCCAACCUACUCUAAGCUAGGUCGCUAUCUCAAAGCAUUGGAGUUGAAUCAUACUGUCAAAAUAGAUUUACCUGAUGAUUCCUGUAAUGGUAAUGCAAACAAAACAACUUUUUGUGUGACAACUAUUCCAUCUGGCCAUUGUCCUGGCAGUGUAAUGUUUUUAUAUGAAGGUUCUUUUGGUACUAUCCUCUAUACUGGUGAUUUCAGGAUAGCUAAAGGGGAUUGUAGGAAGUUUCAAGCCUUCAUGUCAAAUCCUUCAAGACCAGAAUAUGGACUGAAAACUAUUGAUCAUGUUUAUCUAGACUGCACAUUUUGUACAGAUAGUGCAAAAACAUUUCCAUCCAGACAAAUAAGUGUUGAUGUCACUAUAGCUUUAGUCAGUAAUUGGAUUUCUAAAAGUCCAGAACACAAGGUAUUAUUCUCCCUUGCCGGGAGAGGUUUUGGUGCGGAAUUUUUAUUCGUUGAAGUGCAUCGAAGACUGAAUAUUCAAGUUCACAUAUCAGAAUUUAAACAUAAAAUUUACAAAAACUUGACUGAUCUAAGAAACGCCAUUAGCCGUCAGCACACGACCAGCGUUCACGCAUGUGGUGAAGGCACGGUGUCAACAAAAAAACAUUCUCCAUGCUUCAAAGACUCUAGCAAGUUGCUCACGAUUCGACUAACAACUCAAUGGCAUCUAAUGGAGGGGAAAAACGUCGACCACAGAGUAGUUGUUGAUGAAGGCGGAAUCCAGCGAGUACUCUAUUCCAUGCAUUCUUCGCUUGAAGAAAUUCAAGAUUUUGUAAAAAUCCUCCAACCCUAUAAAGUCACGCCCAUCGCCAAGCCAAACAAAGUGUCAAAAGAAAAGAUACAACAGCUUUUAAACUGUGAAGUUGUUUUACCCGUCAACCGGUUCCUCUCGCGUGAGAAUUAUGAAGAUUAUUCUUAGGUUGACAGUUUUCUGUUCCAGUGCAACAGGGAAGAGUAGGGAAGCUCGAGUAUACAUGUACAUAUUCCGACAAGCAGUGAUUUAAGAUUUUUUUCAAUAUUGUUUGAGAACUUAACUGACUAACUAGUCGACGAUUUAUCAAUUUGUGUGGUUGCUUGCGAAAAAUAACGUGCAGCGAUUUCAUCGUUGCGAAAAAAAUUGUUGUGAUUUUUUUUUUAAAGCGCCAUAUGAAAUUAUGCUCUUCCGUCUAGCUCAAUCCCCCAUGGUCUAGGUCGGGAAUUCGGAAUCAUUACUAACAACUGUCGUACACAAAGGAAUAAAUUUACAAGUCAUACAGAA